AUGGCCGACGCUGAGAAAAAGGUUCGCCUGUCCGGUGAACAGCCCAGAGCGGCAGAACCUGCGACAAUUCUUCCUACCGUCAAUCCGGCCGCCGAGAAAUCAGCUCCUCCCGCACCAGCUCUCCACCCUGCGGUCUACGUGGUGACAUGGAUUGGUUUCAGCGGCGGCGUCAUUCUCUUCAACAAAUGGUUGCUCGACACUCUAGGAUUCAAAUUCCCAAUUACUCUGACAGCAUGGCACAUGAUAUUCGCGACAAUCAUGACUCAGGUCCUCGCGCGAACCACUACCCUCCUUGACGGGCGCAAGACUGUGAAGAUGACUGGUCGUGUCUACCUCCGAGCCAUUCUUCCCAUCGGUUUUUUCUUCAGCUUGAGCUUGAUAUGCGGAAACAAAGCCUACCUCUACCUCAGUGUUGCUUUCAUUCAAAUGUUGAAGGCUUGUAUGCCGGUGGCAGUCCUCCUGACCUCCUGGACCAUGGGAGUGGACUCUCCGAGUCUGAAAACUUUAGGCAAUGUGUCACUCAUUGUCGUCGGAGUGGUCAUCGCUUCAUACGGAGAAAUCGCGUUUAACCUGACCGGGUUUAUCUACCAAGCUGGCGGUAUCACCUUCGAAGCUACCCGCUUGGUCUUGGUCCAACGGCUGCUGAGUUCCGCCGAGUACAAGAUGGAUCCUCUUGUGUCUCUCUACUACUUUGCGCCCGUCUGCGCCGUGAUGAAUGGCGUCACUGCACUGCUCCUUGAGAUCCCCCAAAUGAGCAUGAACAACGUCUAUGAUGUUGGCAUUUUCAUGCUCAUCGCAAACGCUAUGGUUGCCUUCCUACUCAAUGUGUCCGUAGUCUUCUUGAUCGGAAAGACUUCUUCUCUGGUUUUGACCCUUUGCGGCAUCCUCAAGGAUAUUCUUCUGGUCGCCUGUUCCAUGAUGAUCUGGGGCACUCCCGUCUCCGGCACCCAAUUCUUUGGAUACGCCAUUGCUCUGGGAGGUCUGUUGUACUACAGACUUGGAGCCGAGCAACUCAAAGGCUACGUGGGUCACAUGGGUCGCUCAUGGUCUGAAUUUGGCGUCCAACGACCAGCUUUGCGCAAGGCUCUCGUGUUUGGCCUAGUCCUGAUCACUCUGUUCAUUCUCCUCGGCGGUUUGGCCCCUACCUAUGCGCCAGACCAGACCAAGAACCUGAAGGACAUGCUGAGCUCCGGGAUGGGAUCUUGA